AUGGCCGAGGACACCCCUGCUGUCUCCAGGACCGAAGCUGGCGAGGCGCCUGUCGAGCGCGCUCCUUCUGCUGAGGCCAAAACUGCGCCCGUGGAAUCAGCCCCAGAGACGUCCAAGGAGCAAGAAACAGAGAAGGUCAAUGGCACCCAGGAAAAGCCAUCCGGCGAUGCUAGCGUAUCUGAAGAGAAAAAAGAAUCGACUGAUGCUCCGGCUGAAGAGUCCAAGGCACCUGGAGAGGCUGCUGACGCGAAGGAACCGGAAGCGACCGCCGCGGCGCCUGCAGAGUCCGAGGCUCAAGGAGCUACAUCUUCCAAGAAGUCUGGAGGCUCGAGGCGCAAGUCCACUAGCGGUGUCCCCGAACAUAAAUCCAAGCUCAGCCGGAAGAAGUCGCAAGCUCGCAUGACAAAUUUGCACGCGAAGCCUGGCGAGUACUAUCUCGCGCGCCUGCGGAGCUUCCCUCCCUGGCCGUCUAUCAUCUGUGAUGAGGAAAUUCUUCCUCAAACUCUACUGAGCACGCGUCCAGUGACCGCUAUGCGGGCCGAUGGCACCUAUAGAGAAGACUAUGCAGACGGAGGCAAGAGAGCUCAUGAGAGAACUUUCCCUGUGAUGUUCCUCGAAACAAACGAAUUCGCGUGGAUUCCCAACACAGACCUGACUCCGCUCGAUCCCGCCUCCUGCAAAGACGUACCAGAGAAGGGCAAAUCGAAACAACUCCUUGCUGCUUAUGCCGUAGCCGCGGAAGGUCACGACUUGCAAUACUUUAAGGAGCUGCUGGCUGAUCAUCAGCGCGCAUUGCAGCAGGAGUUGGAAGAGCAGGAAGCCCAGCAGGCCGCCAAGGAAGCGGCCAAGGCUGAAAGGGAAGCCAAGAAGAACAAGCGGAAGAGCAUGGACAUUGUUGAUGACCUGGAGGAUAUUGACAUGGAAGAUGCGGACGAGCCCAAGAAGGCGAAGAGCUCGAAGAAGCGUAAGAAGGACGCAGAAACUGAUGGCGAAGCCGAAAAGCCUGCUAAAACACCCAAGACUGCCACCAAGUUGAAGUUGACAACCCCCAAGACCCCAACAAACGAGGCUGAGAAGAAGGCCACUGGCGCCAGCAAGGCUAAACAGACAGCCAGCAGCAAGAAGGCUGGCAAAGGUGCCGUCAGUGACGAGGGUGAGGAGGACGCUGGCGCUGCGCCGAAGGAGCCAGAAAAGCAAGUCGACCAAGGGGAAGCCAAGGAAAGAAAACAGAAAGAAGUCCUGUUUGAGGAGGAGAUGACUACCAUGUCUAGCUACUUUACUAGACUUGAGAGGGUGGCUGAUGAUCUUGAGGUCUCGAUCAUCCGUGCGACCAAAAUCAACAAGGUUCUCAAAAUGAUUGUGAAGCUCAACUCUAUCCCUCGAGAUGAGGAGUUCCAGUUCCGUCGCCGUGCUAUCAACAUCUUGUCCAAGUGGAAGAAUGUGCUCGAUGCCGACACCACGACGACACCGGCCGAGCCAAAGGCUAAUGGAGCUCACAAGGAGGACAGCGUUGAAACGCCGGCAAAGACUGAAACUGAAGGCGAGAAGGAGGAAGAAGAGAUCAAGGCAGCCAAGCAAGAUUCAGUGGAACCACAGGAUGAGUCAAUGGCUGAUGCUGACGCUGCUUUGGAGAAGGCAGAAGCUCCUGAACCAGCCAAGGAAGCUUCCGAGAAAGAAGCUCCCAAGACUGAAGAGGCCACAAGUGCCGAUGUGACCGAGGAGAAGACGACCGAGGAGAAACCGGCGGAAGAGAAGGCAGAAGAGAAAGCUGUUGAAGCAGCAGCGUGA